AUAACCAAGUAGUCCCUGCCAAAGCCCUCAUCAUCACUUCCAAGUGCGUUUGUCUCGCUCUCAGUCUCAACUUAGCAACAAUUCAGCAACAGUACGGAAUAAUAUUCAAAAUAAUUCACCAAAAUCACAGCAAUAAGCAGCAACCCAGAGUGCACCCAAUAUGUUUGAUUUGAAGAAACGAUCUCGCCAGAUUCGCGCUAUAUGCAAUGUGAUAUACAACGAUCCAUUCCUUUGGGACGUUAUCAAGAGCUACACCAUUUUUGCGGCAGCCAUACCCAUUGCCCAUACAUUUAAUGGAUACAAGUUAAUGCCAUAAUUAGUUUAGGGAAAUAUUCAACAAAUAUUUCUGUAAAUUCUAGCAACAUUUAUGGCGGCACAAUGGCAAUCAGACCUUGUUUUGGAUUGGAUUGGAAGCCUCCUUGGGCAUCCAAUGCCCAUUUAAAUUCUAUAUAAUCCUAUAUGAUAUCUUCAGUCCGAAUCCAUUAAACCGAAACCCUUUAAACCCCAUU